GGCUGGGGGAAUAUUUUGGUUGUCCACCUAUUUGCUGUGCGGUUUCCUGGUGCCGCCAGGGUUCCUGGUUUGCAAUGUCUGUGGAGCAACGCGAACGCGGGCCUGACGCGGCUGGCCAACGCUCGGGUCUGCGGGAGGAAGACGAUGAAAGAGAGUGGUGUUGCACGGCUGACGACAGAAAAACCAGCCUUUUGGCCCUUGCAGUGGCCAGCAGUGAGCUAACAGGCAAUUGUUAUAAAGAUGUUUUUCAAGCUGCUGAUCUCCAGGGAUUCAGGGUAAUUGUGCAUAUUGAUCUCGAUUGCUUCUACGCUCAGGUGGAAACAAUGCAGCAUCCUGAAUACCGAGGAAUGCCUUUGGCUGUUCAUCAAAAACACCUGGUGGUCACUUGUAAUUAUGAAGCCAGAAGGUAUGGAGUUAAUAAAAUGAUGUCAGUUAGUGUUGCCAAAGAAAGGUGCCCCGAUGUAAUUCUUAUCUGUGGAGAAGACCUGACCCCUUACAGGGAAGCAUCGUACCAAAUAACAGAAUUGCUGGAGGAGUUCAGUCCACUAGUGGAACGACUAGGCUUUGAUGAAAAUUUUGUCGACAUAACUGAACUAGUGGAGAAGAGAUUGCAACGGAUUGGAAGUGGUGUUGUUCCUGCAGACUUGUUUGUAUCUGGUCAUGUCUACAGUAACCAGGCAUUAAAUCCAGCCGAUGAAAAACAUGUUCGUUUGGCUCUUGGAUCGAAAAUCGGAGAUGAGAUGAGAGGAGCGAUAUACGAACGGAUUGGUCUCACCAGUAGUGCAGGAAUUGCGUCCAAUAAGUUGCAGGCGAAGCUGGUGUCUGGGACAUUUAAACCCAACCAGCAAACAACAUUGUUACCAGAAAGCGUUCUAGACUGUAUGGGGAACCUCAUGCAUCUCAAACAAAUACCUGGGAUUGGUCCUAAAACUGUCAGGCGCCUUGAGUUUCAUGGAGUUCACACUAUUCAUGCUCUGCAAACGUUUCCUUUGGACCUGCUGGAGAAGGAGUUAGGAGUGUGCGCAGCACAGCGAAUACACAAGCUCAGCUUUGGAGAAGAUAAUUAUCCUGUCACCCCCAGAGGUCCACCCCAGUCCCUCAGUAAUGAAGAUUCCUUCCGAAAAUGUUCUUCAUUGGUGGAAAUCCGAACAAAACUUGAAGAGUUACUCAUUAAUCUCCUAAUCAGGUUACAGAAAGAUGGGCGUGUACCACGGACCAUAAGAUUAACAAUUAGACGCUCUUCGGCUACUAACCAAUGGUUCAAUCGAGAGAGUCGACAGUGUCCUGUUCCAAACCAGCUUAUGCCGAAACUUAACACAGGGACCUGUGAACUUGUGCCUCCACUGGUUGACAUCCUAAUAAAGCUGUUGCAAAAGAUGGUGGACACAAGAUAUCUGUUCUUCGUAAGCCUCCUGAAUGUGUGUUUCUCUAAUCUGAUGCAGCCCGCCUUGCCUUCUCCUCUCAAAGGAUCGAUUGGCUUCUACUUAACGCAGAAAUCUCCCGGAAAAUUAGACACAAGUCCAAAGGUAAAAGUAAAAAGGCAGCUUCUCGAACAAUGGAGAGAGUCUGAUGAUUUGGGAGAUGCUACAAGUCCGUUGAAAAAGAAAAGAAAUUUCUUAGAAUCUGCUUCAGAGGACAGUUCUGAUUCAGCCCAGGUGUUCUCAAAUACUGAUCUGCCACCUGGGAUUGACCUGAAUGUAUUUAGAGAACUCCCCGCUAAUAUUCAGAAGGAAAUUAUAUCUGACGCCAGCCGUUCACCGGAUCAGCAGAAAUAUCACAGUCCCCAAAAGCAGAGUAUUGAGAAAACACCUCGUAAAAGCAGCUUUUCCUUCAGGUCUCUCACAGAGGAUCAGAGGAAGUUGCUGGUACCCCCUGAUCCUGAGAGUAAUUUGUCCAAUCCUAGUGCAGUUCACUGUAUUGCUCCAGAUUUUCACAGCAGGAUGUCAGCUGGUCCUGGAAACCACUUGGAGGCACGAGCUGUGCCAGGCCCUUCACCUCCAUGUGAAGUUUUGCAGCCUGCUAAGAGGGCUCCUGAGGCACCCACCGAUCAAAGUUCCCCACCCUUCCCCAACAAUGUGGAUGCAAAGGUGUUCUCACAAUUGCCAGCUGAACUUCAGAAAGAACUUCUCGGGGAAUGGAAACAGCAAAGGAUUAUGUCGAAGGUAGAUGUAACAAAACGAGACAGCAAAGUCAAACCCAGCACAGGACCCAGACACUGCCAAAAGACUCCCAAGUCCAACAGUAUUCUAAGGUACUUUAGCAAAAGGUAGAACUCAAGCUUGAUGUGUUUAUAGUGUACCACAAAACAAGAAUAACCUCUUCAAAAGUGUAUAUUGCAGAACUGAAAGGACCGGUACUGGAAAUUGAGACAAGUCACAACUACUGCUAAUAGAACAGAAAACAUCCCAGCACAGUACAGGCCCUUCGGCCCACGAUGUUGUUCUGACCUUUUAACCUACUCCAAGAUCAAUCUAAUCCCUCUCUCCUACAUAACCCUCCAGUUUUCUUUCAUCCAUAUGCCUAUCUAAGAGUUUCUUAGAAGUCCCUAAUGUAUCAGUCUCUAUCACCCACCACUCUCUGUGUAAAAUAAAAACAACUUGCUUUUGAAAUUCCCCCUGUACUACCCUCCAAUCACAUUAAAAGUACAUCUUUACAUUUUGGCUAUUUCCACCCUCGGAAAAAUGCACUGGCCGUUCAUACGCCUAUCAUCUCUACCAAAUCUAUCUACCUAUCUAUCAAAUCACUGGACGUCCUUCUUCACUCUGAAGAGAUAAACCCUAGCUCAUUGAACCUUUCCACAUAAAGGUAUGCUCUGUAAUCAAAGCAGCAUCUUAGUAAAUCUCCUCUGCACCCUCUCCAGAACUUCCACAUCCUUCCUACAAUACCAGAUCUGAAAAUAUUCCAAGUGUGGUCUAACCAGGGUCUUAUAGAACUGCUCUUGAACUCAGUCUCACAACUAAUGAAGGUCAACGCACUAUACAUCUCCUUAACAAACCCAUGAACGAUAAAUUCUAAUUUUAGUGGGAAGGAUUCUUCUCAAGUUCAAGUUCAGUUUAUAGUCAACCAUACACUACCAAGUGAAACAAUGUUCCUCCGGACCAAGGUGCACAACAAAGUACAUAUACCUUAUACACAUAACACAUAAAGUAAUAUUACCUCAAAUAAAUUAACAAAUAUUAAACAAAUAAUAAUUUACAAAAUAAGUUAAAAAGUAAAGAGUAUAAAUCUACUGGCACUUCAUACAUGAUGAGACCUGGGUGGUGGCAGGGAGUUCAAUAGACAUGGCCUAGGGGAAGAAGCUGUUACUCAGCCUAACAAUUCUUGUCCUAAUGCUAUGGAAUCUCCUGCCUGAUGGUAGAGCAGGGGAUCCCAACCUUUUUUUGUGCCAUGGACCAAUAGCAUUAAUCAAAGAGGUCCAUGGAUCCUUGGCAGGGAACUCCUGUGAUAGAGGGUCAAACAAGUUGUUGGAUGGAUGGGACCAAUCAUUGGUAAGAGCUCUGCAUAUGCAGUGUUCCUGACAAAUGUUUGAAGUCAAAGGAUCUUUUCCAAAUGUAGUAAUACAGAGGAUCUAAUUCUGUCUACAUUUGGCAAAAGUGAAGAAAUACAAAACAGAGAUUUAAUUACCUUCUUCCUCUUCUCACCUGCAUCUCUCCAGAGGGGACGGGCAGGCAGUGACUCCCAGGUAAUAACAAUGGUGCUUGUGUUUUGGACAGUAAAAUCUAGGAAAGUUCUGAUGUAGGAAAUAAAGUGAACACUGAGAAAUGGAAGCCCAAUCACGAAGUCUAUCCUUAAAGCCGGGAACAGUUGAAAUUUUAAAGCAGAAAUAUCAAUUUUCAAAGAAGGAAGCUGCUGUUCAAAGUAAAUUUAUCAUCAAAGUACAAAUGUGUCACCAUAUACACUCUGUGAUUCAUUUCCUUAUAGGCAUUCACAAUAAACACAAUAGAAUCAACAGAAAAACCACACAACAAUCAAUAUGCAAAAGACAAUGAACUGUACAUGUACAAAAAAAGGUGAUAAUAACAAAUAAGUAAGCAAUAACUAUUGAAAAUGUGAACUGUAGAGUACUUAAAAGUGAGUCCAGAAGUUGUUCUUAGGUUGACUAAUCAGUUCAAAGUUGGGGUCAAUGUAGUUCAAGAGCCUAAUGGUUGAAGGAUAAUAACUGUUCCUGAAACUGAUGUUCUGGGAGUUGAGGCUCCUGUAUCUCCUUCCUGCUGGCAGCAGUGAGAAGAGAGCAUGGUCUGGAUUGUCAGGGUCCCUGUUGAUACAUGCUGCUUUCCUGCAACAAUGCUUUAUGUAGAUGUGCCAAAUGGUGGGGAGGACUUUACCCGUGAUGGUCUGGGCCAUAUCCACUACUUUUUGAGGGUUUUCCCCAUUCAAAGUCAGUGUGUUUCCAUACCAGGCCAUGAUGCAAUCAGCUAAUAUACUCUAUAGCAGUUUAUCUGAGUUUAAGAUGACGUACCAAAUCUGCACGGACUUCUAAGGAAGAGCUGCCUUUGUAACGGCACUUGUGUGCUGGACAGGCCUAGGCCAGGCCCAUGUGUAACAGCUCGUGUAUUAUGUUCAGCGUUUUAACCUUAAAAAGUAUAUCAAAAAUCAACGUUAUUUGCAAUAUCCAUUUACAUGUAUUAGGAAUUUGCUGUGGUGUGUUAGAGCGACAUACAAAGAAAUUCAACAAUUAUAAAGAAUAAAGGUUAAAGAAUGGAUAUGAAACAAAAUAAGCAUAAAUACAGAAAUACCAGCAUGUAUUUACAAUAUAAGCAGUAUUAUAAAAAGUGAUUGAAAGUGUUUACAGUGGAGUGAUUUUGGGGCGGGGCUGUCUAUGGUAAUAGAGAGGGGUGCUGUGGCAUGGAACGAACUAGAAUGGUUGAUCAGAUUAACUGCCUGGGGAAGAAACCUUUAAGAUGGUGUGAAGUUUUUGUUUAAUAGCCUAUCGCACUUUCCAGAAGUGAGCUUUUGGAAAAGGCAGUUUACAGAAUGGGUUGUAUCCACGUUAUUUCCUGCCUGCUUCUUUGUCCUGCUCACACAAAAGUUCUGCGGUGACGGUAGACUGUUUGCCAAUAUGACUGUACUUGGACAUGACAAUGAAACAAAAUGACUGAAAGCAACGUUCUUGAAUGCUCGCAGUGUUCCUAAACAUGUGGUGUCCUUCAAAGAAAACAUUAGAUGUGCAGUGGAAUGUGUGGUCUGUGUUGCAUGGCACGUCAGCUGUGUCUGUUUGCCAAUUCAACAGAUUGCCGUGAUAGUGUUGCUAUGAUUGUUAUAAACUCACUGUGUUUACAAAAAUAAAGUUAACUGAUUGAA